GUGACACUUCAUUUCGGAAUUUACUACGCGUCGUUGGUACGUCAAAGAUUACGGUUUUACCGACAUUGAUCUAAUUAUUGUUGAUUAUUUUGAGUUUAUGUGGUAGAUAUUUUUGAAAUACUAUAUUGUCUAAUGCAUUUUCAGAUGAUUAAUUCUGUUUUGGUGGAAUCGAGAUAUCGCAAUGGCACAUCAGUAUUUAGCUGUUCAGGAUCUAUGGUUAAUAAUUGUUAUGUUAUUGUAACUUAUAAGGCAGUUGCAAAUUUUUUUGGAAAUUCAGAUUUGGACAAACUGGACUCAAAAAGAGCAGGACAGCUAUUACAAGAUUCCAUCAAUGUUCUUCGAGAUAUUUUAAUAUACACUCAUGUCAAAAACGAAAAAACAAAUUCAAUCACAAAGUAUGCAACUUAUUUCGAACGAUGUUUUCAGUCACACCAUAUAAAAGAAUCUGCAAAGCGUGUAUUCCGAUAUUGGUCAUUCGAUUCUGUAGAUAAUCAUUUUGAUCUGAUGUCCUUAUUUAUCAUCCUGAAAAUUGCUGGCUCACAAAGCAGAUUGGAAGCAGAAAUUGAAAGUUGGUUGACUGAAAUGCCUAAAACAACGUUGUAUAAAGGGCAAAACUUGAAAUGUUUAAGUUCAGCUUUCGGAAAUAAGGAUUUUAUGGGUCAUUUUAGCCAAGGAGUUGUAUCGAAUAUUUUAGGUAGAGAUAACUGCCUUAUAUUUAGUGAUAUGCCUUUAACGCCAGGUAGUGAGGGAAGCCCCGUAUUUAGUGAACUUUCGAGCCAUGUUGCAAUUGGAAUAGUUAUUUCAACAUUAAACUGGUGGAAAGGAGAAUGGUUGAAUUUUACCGUAAUAGCAGAUUUUAGAUCUUUAUUUUUAGAGAAUCUAAGUCAAUAUCCUUUUCGAUUAAUAAACGAAGACUUGCCAGAUCCGAAGAGUCUAAUACUCAGUGCAGUAGAAUCUAGUGUGUUUCAAAUAUAUAAUGGCACUAUAUGGGGUACUGCGAUAUUGAUAAAUAAAGAAGAAGGCAUUCUCAUAACCAACGCACAUGUAGUGGAAACUGCACCUAAACUCCAACUGUGCAGCAACAAUGGCAGGAUUGUUUUUUGUGAUGUCAUUUUCUCUAAUUCUGUAGAUCAUCCCAUUGAUAUUGCUGUUUUGAAGGCUGAACAACCGUUAGAGGAGUUCAGUCGUUCGAUUUCUUUUUCGAGAAAAGAAAUUGCAUGUGGAGAUCCAGUUUAUGCAGUUGGCUUUCCGAUAUUUCCGAAAGAAAUAAAUCCUGGUGCAACAAUUACAAAAGGCCACGUAAGUCACAUGCAUCCGUAUAUGAUCAAAACUACAUGCAGCAUCCAUCCAGGAGCCAGCGGGGGCGCUGUUCUAGACGAUAGUGGAUAUUUAGUUGCAAUAAUAGUUUGCAAUGCUAAAACUUUAGAUCCCAUCAAUAUGACAUAUCCAAGAUUGAACAUGAGUAUACCCGCCAAACUACUGGAACCAAUUUUAGAUGGAUACUUUAAAAGUAAAGAUGUAAAGAUGUUAGAGAAGCUGUCGGAAAUCAAUGCUCCAAUUUGGAACUUUUCAUCAAAACUUUGAAAUGCUUUUUAUAAGGAUAGGUAUAAAAUAAAGUCGUUUAAGUGGAAAGGAACCAAUGCAAUUUUCGAGUUUGGCGAAUUUCAUUAGAAAUAUCCGAAUCAAAAUGAAAUGGUAGGGGUUUUUUAUUAUUCGUUUAAUACAAAUCUGCCUUAUUAUAGUGUAGGUAUGUAAAUAUUUGAUAUUAGCAAUGUGGUAGGGAUCCUAGUUCUUUAUUUUGUAUAAUAAAAUUUUAAGAUAAUAUUUGUUUUUUUUUUGACUCAAAAAGUACAGUACAGGCCAGGAAUAAUAUUUUCUGGGAGAACCUAUUAUUUCCCUGUUGGU